AUGGACUGCACGGCGAUUUGUUUAUUCGCCACGGCGAUAAAAUUCCUUCCCCAGCCAGCGACCACAGUAAGUUUUUUUUAUCAUUUUUCUUUCAAAACUUAGUAAAAAGGUUUUUAUUUCGGUUUUCCUUCAGUUUGUAACUGAAAUGACGUUUCGAGUAGUAUAUUCAUCAAUAGCAUUGCAUUGCAUUGCAAUUCCCACAAGAGUCAUUCUAAGAGAGCUUCGAACGUUUUGAAUUGGGCAAAUAUCCACGCAUUUGAAUGUCUUCUGUGUUGUUUUGCGAAACAAAAGUCUAUGACUUUGUGUAGAUUUUCUCGAUUCCAAAAUUCAUCCAAAAAAAGAAUGAAUUCCAUUUUUGAGUUCAACAGGUUAAUUUCGUCCAUAACUUUUUCAGUAGAAACAGUCAUACUGAACCUUGUGGAAAAAGGGGAUUUUUUUGAAAAUUUCAAUCAUAUUCCUCCUUCUUAAAUUUGUAAAAAGAAAAAAAAGAACCCGGGGAGAGUCGGUUGCAAGGAAAAUGAAUACUAGCAUAAAUUUUUGAUAAAAUCAAAAAAACUUGAUGCGAUGGAAAGGAUGAAUACUUUUUCCGUUUCGAGUUCUAAUCAAAUUUGAUAUUUUUUUACGAUUCUCACAAAAACCGGUACCGGUCGCUCUCAAAUCCGAAGAACCCAAAAAAAGACCACGGCCAUUUUUUGCCAUGCGAACGCACCAUGAGGAGAACAAUGGAUUUUUUCUCAGUCUUGUUUAUUUUUCUUUCAGAACUGCACUUACUGCGUGGAAAUGCGGUCGACGUACGAAAACUGUUUCAAUGACGUCAUCGAAUGCGCCUACAGAGAUCCCAGCUCCCUCAUCGUCUGCCUCACGAUUUUCGAGAAGGAUCAGUGAGUGAAUGAUUUUUUUUCAAAUAUAGAGCGUUUUUCGGGCUUGAAUGUUUUUUUUCGAAAGAAGUUUGUGACUAACCCAAUUGAACCCUACAAAAAGGCCAUUCUCUAUUAACAAAUGAACCAUGUAGAAUUCCGUCCAAAAAUCAUUUUUACGCUGGAAUUUUAAUUUCUUUCAGAGUCUAGACUCCCAGAAACUAUGGGGAUAUGAUUGAUUCUACUUUUAUUCAAAAUCAGAAGGUUUUUAGAAUUUCUUCGAGAAAAAAGUAAAAAAGUGACCAAAUUUCUCAAUGAGCCAGACGAAAUAGCCGUUCUCCAUUGGUCAACGAACCGUGUAAUAAUUGGGUCCUAAAAAAACAUUUUUUGUGCCGGAAGUCGCGUUUUCCAAGAGUAGGAACUUCAAAAAGCUUUCAAUAUCGAGAAAAACAGUUGUUCAUCAACAAAUAACAAUAAAAGGCUCUGUUUUCAGCAGCGACCCGAGCAUUGUUAAACGAACGCUCCGUUGCCUCAAUUACGUCGACCACUACAUUGCCGAUGAGCAGAUUAAAGAGGUUCGCUGUUUCACUGGGUUUUAGUAAGUAAAAUUGAUAUAAUUUUUUUGAAGCUAAUUAAAGUUAAUUUUUUUGAAGUUUUUCAAAUUUGAUUUCAAAAAUUCAGCUUUUCGAGUAUUUCCGACCAAAAUAUUAUCUUAAUCAAAGGAACUUUUUCUUGCAGAUCGCCUCCUACGGAUCCUGCUCUUUCGACAGAGUCUCCCAAUGCGAGUGUGACAUGUGCCGGUCUUCCACAACCACCACCGCCAUGCCGACUUCAACCAGCAGUUCGGCUCCUUUCCACAGGAAGUUCGUUAUUUUGGAUAUUUUUAUAAAUCAUUUAAAGAGACUUGAAUCAAGUUCCACUAUUAGUAACUAGACAAAAAAUCAAGUUUCACUAUCGGUAGUUCGAUCAAAAAUGGGCCUUCUUUAAGGAAAUAUUUUCUAAAUGAAAAAGCCUUACCUUUCUUGGAAGAGUAUAAACUCACUUUCAAGACUCAGUCAGCAAAAAAACCUCUUCUUCCUUUCUUGCAAAGGAACUAUUUAUAAUGAGAGAGUAAAAAAAAAACUAGAAAAAUUCGCAUAUUUUUAACUUUCUGAAAUGCAGCGCAACCGUGACACGAGCUAUUCCAACAGCGUCAGCAAUAUGAAAUAUCAAGCUUAUCGUGUUUAUUACAGAAAACAUCACCAUCAUCACCACGGACAUCACAACCAUGAUCACUCUGGUCUGACACGCGUAAAUGGCUCCAACAGCUCCCCGGACCUCGAGCUCCUCAACGCUGCUCGUACCGAACAUUUCCCAAAAAGUGGCCAGUACGUCUCUUCCUCCUCGUUCAGCUCCAUCCUGGGGCCUCUCGCCGUCUCAAUGACACUCCUGCUCCUCAAUUACAGAAGAUUAUUUGGAGUUUGA